UUUUUUUUAUGUUUUUUGUUCACAGAUUAUACACCCUGUGGUGUAAGUCCUGUUGAUCUGAGGGCGAGAGUGGUCGGUGGUAAGAGUUCGAAAAGAGGCUGGUGGCCCUGGCAGAUUGGACUGCGCAGGGUUAACUCAAAAGGUAGUUUGAAUGGAAAAUUUUCAUUGUCUGGCUCAUUCAUUGAAUGCUGUAUAUAUCGGGAAAGCAUGACGAACAUUUUUGUUCCGACAUUCGGCAAAUCCUUUUGAGUAGCAUAUGACUGUCUGUGGCCUUUCACAACAGCAGAAAAAAAUUUAUCUUUCAAAUCUCACUCUUAAUUCUACACGCUAUCAACGAACGAUUCUCAUUCAACUGAUUUUUUUGUUUGUUUAUUUUUUCACGUUAUUAUGCUCCUAAAAAGACAGAGUAGCUCCAUUUUUCCGUAUAUGUUCGUUACACAACCCACAGUUCCUCUGUUGCCUCUGACGAGGGGCCAAGCACGAAACGUUACUUAAAAUGCACUGGUCAAAAGAAGUUUUUUUUUUAUUAAGAAAUUAUUGCUAGAAAAUAAUACUUACUGUUUUUCAAUUUGUUUCCUAUCUCUUUUUUAAGCGGAACUUGUGCUUAUCUGUAUUGGUGCUCUGAUUUCUCGUCGCUGGGUUCUGACGGCUGCACAUUGUGUUUACCACAGAGAUUUCCGAGGGGCUCGUGUUCUCGACAAUAUAUCCAAUAAGUAAGCACUGAGUCCAAUAAUCCUUUAUACAUUUGAAGUUUAAAGAAACAUUUUAUAUCUAUAGAUAUCAUUUUUUUCAUUGUUGUAUUUGAAAGUUCACAUUUAAAGGCAGAGAAAAUUCUGCAGAAAAAAAAAAGUAUUAGAGUUUCUGAUAUCAUUCACAAGGAUUAACUCUUGAAAAACUCCCAAAACCAGUCUUUCCUUAGUAGGCGAAGCAAAUUAUUUUCUCUACGACUAUUACUCUUUAUCUCGCAGGUACCGCGUGACAGUGGGUGACCACCACUUGAGGAAGGAUGAAAAAUCUCAGAUUGACGUGGAAGUGAUGAAGAUAUUUGUUCAUGAAGAUUAUGAUCAUGGGAAAAUCACAAAUGACAUUGCUCUGGUCAAACUCGACAAGGAGGUGGAACUUGGCCCCUAUGUACGGAAAUUGUGUAUUCCGGACAAGGAUCAAGGGGAUUUGGCAAUCGUUAAAAAGUACGGCAUAGCAACAGGAUGGGGUGUAACGCAAGCCUUGAAACUCUCACAAUACCCCAAAGAACACAAACGCUACUCAGACCGUCUUCAAUACUCAGCCUUCACAAUUCAAAGCGACCAGUUGUGCGCUAACAAAUCAGCGGGAUACUUUUUUAACUCCACAGUGACGUUUUGUGCCGGGGAUGGAAAGGGAGGAAAUGAUAAUUGCAGAGGUGACGGUGGAGGAGCUUUUGUCCGUAAGGUAAAAAGAGGAGACGACUUCCGUUGGGUGGCUACUGGGCUGGUCAGCUGGAGUUUGGGCUGCGCACAAAAGGAUCAUUAUGGAUACUAUACCAGGGUGUUCUCAUUUAUUGAUUGGAUAAAGAAAACUAUGGAAGACAACUCAUAG